UCGUGUUAAUUAGUUUAAUGUUCAGUAAAGGUCACAGAAAGGUCAAAACACUCAAUUAAACCUUCCAACUGUAUAUGUAACUGUUUACCUGUAUACUAGUAUUUAUCACUGGCCUUUUCCAUAGGGCCCUACAUGUAGCAUUGCAGUUACUGUAGAUACAGAUUGGUAGCUUUGACUGAAGCUCUGCUGCAGCUGGAAUGUUUGCAGAGCAGCUUGUGUUUACCUGUGACAUACUACAUCUGUCCCUCAGUGAGCCUCUGCUCAUGGUAAGAUACUGUUUAGAACAAAGAAAUAUUAAACUGUUCUAAAGGAAUUUCACGGUAAGUUUCCUUAUUUGUCAUAAUUCACAGUUCCACAGAUGAGCAAAGACAAUAAAAGUUAUAAGUUACUUGUUUUUGAGAUAUUCUGGUUAUAACUAUUUUACUAUAGAGUUAUUCUUCAUCAGAUAUAUAUUUGAUAUAUUUGAUAAAUAUCAGCUAAUAUUUUCUCUAGUAGCUUUAACUUGAAUAAUAGGUUACAUGCAGUACACCUGCUUCCUUCAUAUGCUGACUGCUGACAGUGAGCUGCAUUACCUGUAGGUAGAACUGACCUAUAAGAAGAUGCAGAUCCUGUGGGGACCAAAGGUGAAGUGGAGCUCAGGGGUCAUUCUCGUGGGACACGCAGAGCUUCUAGUUUGAAUGGUUUUCCUGUUUAGCUCAAACACCGGCCCAAGGAUGGCAUCUUGAAGCGGGAUAUAUCCAGACACCAGGGACUGGAAGAGAUCCAUCAGCAGAGAUCCUGGGACUAAGUCACUCUAUAAUAUGCACUUUUAGCUCCGGACAUUAAACAUUUAAACAUGCCAGUGGACAAAGAAAUGCUGGCGUUUGCAGCAGUUUUACUCACCUUCAGUCUGACCCACUGUCAAAAGUUGCCAAGUUUUGAUCUCCUGGAGGAGCUUCGGGUGCCUGAGUCGAUAGGAGUGAGGAGGGUGGACGGCUCCCAACCUGAGGCCGUGGCCUACCGCGUCAACCCCUCUAUCCACCUAAAGAGGACCAUAAGUGAUGUGUAUCCAGAUGGGCUUCCCUCUGACUACUCUGUCACUGCAACAUUUAAAGUCACCAAAGACACCGCCAAGACGUCCUGGAGCCUGUGGCAGGUCAGCGACCCCGAGGGGCGCGAGCAGGUCGGCCUGCGCUUCCAGGGUGACGCCGGCUCCCUGGACUUCUUCUACACCAGUCCCAGCGGGAGCCAGAUGCUGAGGACGUUUUACGGUGUUGAGAAGCUGCUUGAUGGGGAGUGGCACAAGCUGGCGCUGAGUGUGAAGGGAAGCCAGGUGAAGCUGCUGGUGGACUGUCAGGAGGUCAGCGUGGAGUCCGUUGACGAGCCCAGGCCAGUCAUUCGCACGGGGUUCACCUCCAUCGUGAAGCGGGCGGCGGGAGAUCGCUCUGCGUCUGUGGACCUCCAGCAGAUGAAAGUGUCAUGUGACCCGGAGCAGCCUUAUUCAGAAGGCUGCUGUGAGCUCUCCAGUGUCUGCGGAGGCUACGCGGAGAUCGGCCUCACAGCUGGAGGAGCGUCUUGCAAAUGUGUGCAUGGACAACCUGGUAUUCAGGGACCUCCAGGGCCAAAGGGUCACAGAGGUCUUUCAGGGGAACCUGGAGACUCAGGAAGACAAGGAAAAUGGGGCAUCAGGGGCGACACAGGAGACUACGGCAACACUGGUGAAUCAGGCGUAAAGGGCGAGAAAGGAAUCAAAGGCGAGAAAGGAAGGAGAGGACUCUGGGGUCAAGUGGGCGACAGAGGUCCUAAGGGUCUAAAAGGAUUAAAGGGGGCAGCAGGUUUCAAGGGAGUCCGUGGAGCAGCUGGAGGCAUCGGAGAGACCGGGAAACCAGGAGACGUUGGCCCUAAAGGCAAACGAGGAUUUGAAGGGAUCCCCGGCUAUGAAGGAGUUAAGGGUGAACAGGGGGCCACUGGCACAGCUGGGCGGGCUGGGCCGCAAGGAAAACAGGGUAUUGUAGGAGAUCCUGGAGAGAGGGGAACUCCUGGAGAGAAGGGGAAACCUGGAACCCAAGGACCCGUUGGCAGAACUGGCACCAUCGGAGCAAAGGGCAUUGUUGGAGAUCCGGGGUUACCUGGCAGAGACGGGGAUCCAGGAAUAGAGGCAUAUCAAGGACCACAAGGUCCUACUGGAAAAUUUGGACUAAGUGGAUUAAAGGGGGAGAAAGGCUUGUUGGGGCCAGCAGGCGAAAUGGGUCCCCAAGGCCAGACUGGACCAACAGGUUAUAAAGGUUCUGCAGGAAAACCUGGCAGACCUGGAUUUAUCGGUCCACCAGGACCCGCUGGACAUGUAGGUGUGCCUGGGAAACCAGGGCCCAAGGGCGAUACAGGAAUCCCGGGUAAAGAAGGAGUCAAAGGUGCACAGGGAGAAAAAGGAAGGAAGGCCCCAAAAGGAAAGGUUGGGGACAGGGGGAAGCAGGGGCCUCUGGGAGGACGGGGGAAGCGUGGGCCAGCAGGUCCAGAUGGACGUUCUGGACCUGCCGGAGUUAAAGGGGUUCGAGGUGAAGGAGGACCAGAUGGCUUUCAGGGGCCCCCAGGUCCACCAGGCCCAGCCCUCGCUUCUCAACACGUGAUCGAGGUUUGUCAGAAAGUGGUCCUGGAGCAGAUGUCGUCCUUUGCCAACUCAGUGAAGAGGACGUGUGCCGCAGUGUGUCCUCUCUACGGGGAUGUGCCCAUGGGUGCCCCCGGUCCCCCUGGGCAGAAAGGACCCCCCGGGCCACCUGGUGACCCCGGUAAUGAUGGUGUUGACGGAGAAGUGGGACCGCCGGGAUUCUACGGAGAAGCUGGAGAACAAGGCCGAAAAGGAGAAAGAGGGGACAGAGGAGAGCAAGGUGACAAAGGAUCCACUGGUUACAGCGUGCCUGGCUACAUGGGAGAUCAGGGACCAAAUGGCCAGCGUGGACGUCCUGGCAGAGCCUUCAACGGGCAGCCAGGGAAGCAGGGUGAGCGGGGCCACGUGGGCCGUCCUGGACUCAGGGGCCACUCGGGCCUCAGAGGACCUCCGGGCGUGUGUGCCACCUCUGGGUGUGCUCAGCUCAACACCACCAUUGUGACACCUCCACCAGCAAACCCUAACCGUAACCCUAACCCUAACCCACGGAGGUUCAGGAACCGCCCUUAAGAUGUGGCGAUGAGAAAAGUGUGUUGGUGUGUUUUCUGUUCAUAUGUGUUUGUCUACAACAAUGUGUGAUUUUGAUGUAAAUAUGCAAAUGAAACCUGAACUGAAUUUCUGGAAACAAAGGUGACCAACAGUAACGCCUGUGAUGUAUCGAUGCAGUAACUAAAUAUAUGUGUAUAAAAAGCCCAACUUCAUAUGAUAAUUUUAUUUAAACUGAUUUCAAGUCUCACAUUGACUUUGUCUUCAAACACCUGUUCUUUAUAAUAAAAAUCCAAGAA